AUGUACAAGCAAGUAAUUGCCGCAAGAAAAGCCGAAGGACGUUGGUACAAAGACAAAGACUUCCCGGACAAAGAGGAUGAAGCUUGGUAUUAUAUGCCGAAGGGCCACCUGCUGCGGCUUGACAACAGCACAAGCGAGUCUCAGACCCUCCGGGUGGAUCAAGCGAUGGAUGAAGAUUUGGCAAAGGUUCUCGAAGAGGGCAAUGUGCUUCAGGCAGGCAGUAUGCCUGCUGUGCAUGCAGCCUCCGAGGCUGGUGAGAAGGCUCUCCUGAGCCUCUUCGACGAGGCGGGAGGGAUGCAGAAGCGCAUCCCAAAACCGAGGAAGGACAAUAAGGAAGAACCCGAGGAGAUGAAGCCCAAGACCCUGAAAGAGCAGGUGGCGGAAAAGGAAACCGAGAUCCUGAAGGAUUCCACGGAGGCUCGCAAAACCUCCAUCACCCUGACCAAGCUGAACUACGGCGGCCAGCUAUCGGAGCAGCUGCUCAAAUUUUCGAAGCAGAUGGAGUCUGCCUACAAGAAGAUGUGUCAGCUGGACAAAGACGGAAACACAAAAGCCUUGAGGAAAGUUAUCAAGUGGGUGGAUCAGAAGAAGCCAUGGUUCAAGCAAGCCCAGGCACAAUGA